UAAGGAGGCAACAGCGAUUCCAAUUUGCAACCGCUAUUCCCGGCCGAGGCGGAUAUAGUACAGGUCGCAGUGAAGCGCCGGCGCGAAGCAGAGGAGUCUCCACUCUCCAAUGGCCUCCCUCCUCUCUCUCCAUCUCCCCAAACCCGCCCCCAUCCGAUCCGUUUCCGCCGUCCCUCUUACCACCGCUACCGAGUCUCUCCAGGACCGCUUCGGCCGGAAGGGCAUCAAGUUCAACGACUCCGGCGUCGAGCUCUCCGUCAGGAACGGAAGCUCCCUCCAGAUCCGGAUCCCAGACGGCCUCAUCACGUCCUACAAGCCCAAGGUAUACUGGAAGGACGACGGCUUCGAGGAGGUGCUCUUCACCGUGGGCAAUGAAGAGUCCGGCGAGGCCCCUCGAGGCGGCCUUGGGUUAGUUCUUAAGACGAGCUCUAGUGGCUCUUCCUGGAGCGCUUCGGAGUGGGUCGUGAAGGACGCCGACUCGGACUCCUUCGACGCCGUCCAGGUGGAAUUGAGCUGCACCAAUGGAGACGGCUCCCUGGACAUUACCUACGUCGUCUCCCUCUUCCCCCUGAGCAUGGCUACCGCGGUCAUCCUCAAGAACACGGGGAAGAAACCAGUGGAGCUCAGCAGCGCCAUGCUGAGCCACCUCAGGUUCAAAAGCCGACGCGGGUGUGCGAUUCACGGCCUCAGAGGCUGUUCCUACCUCCCUCAUCCGCCUCCCUCCUCAAGCUUCGGCGUCUUGUCUCCAGAAGAGGCCAUGGAGCCGGAGCCUCCUUCCUUCCUGGAAUCUCUGGGCUUUGGAAAUGGUGAUGGCGACAAGCCCAAGGACUGGGCCGUGGAGGAUGAUCUGUAUACGAUAUUGAGAGGCAAAUUGAGCAGGGUUUAUUCCGCCCCGCCUGAGGAGAGAGUGAAGAGGAUCUAUAACACCCCGCCUUCCAAGUACACUACCAUCGAUCAGGGCAGCGGUCUUGGAUUCAGGGUGAUAAGAAUGGGGUAUGAGGACAUCUAUCUGAGCUCUCCUGGCUCUUUCUCCAAAAAAUAUGGCAAGGACUACUUCAUAUGCGCCGGCUCUGCUUCAAUGCUUGUUCCUGUAGUUGUGAACCCGGAAGAGGAAUGGAGAGCGGCCCAGAUGAUCGAGCAUGAUAAUUUGUAGAUCGAUGACUGUGCAUAAAUUUAUACCAUAUUUAUUUUUUCUGACAAAAAAGAUUGGAAUUGCCUGUCAAUGUCA